AGCGGGCCGGGCGGGCGGUGCGAGGUGGCUGCUGCCGCUCCGGGCUCCAGGCCCAGGCCCGGGCCCCGCCGCUCCCGGGGCCAUGGAGUUCCCGCCCGCUCUCUUCCCGUCCCCGUUCGGCUCCGGCCCGCCCCGGCAGGAGGGUGUCCCCGCCGCGGCCGCGGGCUGGGGGGAGCGCGGGCAGGUGCUGGAGGCCGGUCCCGGCGCGGCGCUCGCCUCCCGCCGCCUGUCCCCGCAGGCCGAGCCGGCGUUCGUGCCCCGCCGCGGCGGGACGGGCGAGAGCUGGGACCCCGCCUGCGCCGCCGCCGUGCCCUGCCUGCCUCCUAACGCGAGCUGCUGGGUCCCCUCGCUCGCCCCUCAGGACAUCCUGUACCGCGGCAUGCUGCGCAGGAAGCUCCGGGAAGGCAGGUCCGGAGCCACCCUGGACUUCAGCAAGCAGCUGGGCCAUUUCUUUGUGGAUCACCCAGAAGAUGCGUUUGGCUCCCUGGGGCAGCUGCUGCACAAGAACUUCCACUUGGGCAACUCCAUCCUGAGGAGGCCGGCCCGGGAAAGCACCAUCCGGAUGACAGCUUUGAUGGAGGAUAUCGAGCGUCUGGAGGCCAGGCGUGGCUGCCCCCGGCGGCAGCAGCUCGUGCCCCGCCUGCGCUGGUUCUCCCACCUCUGCCGGGACUGGCUGUUCGAGGUGCCGCUGGGGCUGCUGGCAGACUGCGUGCACGAGGAGCUGCUGCUGCAGUGGGGCAGCCUGCUCUUCGAUGACAGCCCUACAGGGGGGGCGCUGGCCUGGCUGCCCCCCAAAGAUGCCGGGGCACGCAUGGGCCGCCUGGUGUACCCCAGAGGGCAGGCCAUGAACCAUCUCUAUUUCCAGGACAUGGUUCUGGAGGAGCUGCCCCACGCCCAGGGCUCUCCAGCAUGGUUUGAGCUCAACGGACGCAUACGGCAAAUAGCAACUGCCCGGGUGGACGGGGAAGAUUUCAUUGGAGUCCGCUCGGACUAUCACUGUGGCGUUUGGAGGGUGCCAGGCAGGAAGGAAGCAGCUCCAAGCCCACUGCAGGUCAUCCGCACCAGCGUGCCUGUUUCCUGUCUCACUGUCAGCCCUCAUCUCCCUGGGGAGUUGGCUGUCUGCACCCAGAGCGGAGCCGUCUAUCUCUGGAGCGUCGAGACAGGGCUGCAGCAGCUCCGACACGACCCCGAGACCAUGUUUUUCCGGGACCACUCACCCUGGCGCUGGGCUGACUUCACUGCCCACCCGCGGGUGCUGAGCUGUGCUGACCGCACCGGCCUGCAGUGCUUGGACACCCGGGUCCCCGAGAGAUGCCAGUUUGACUUGUUCAAGGUGGGUGAUGAAGCCAGCUGCCAGCAGGGCGAGCGCGUGGUGCUGCCCAUGUACCUGGGCAAGGCUCAUCCUUCCCAGCACCUUGUCACCACACAGUUCUCUGUGUACGUGCUGGACGAGCGGUUGCCACUGGUGCCCAUGUUGAAAUGGGCACACAUGAUGAAGGACCCCCCCAUCUUUGCCCACCUGAUCCCAGGCGGCUCUGUGAGGACCCAUAAGGUGCUGCUUGGCACAUCCCGCACCCAGGAGCUGUUGCUGCUGCAAUACUGGGGGGGCAGCCAAUCAGUCUGCCAGCUAGCGGGGCUGCCACAAAAGCUGCACAGCAUCGCUGGCUGCCUGCAGCACCUACCUGCACAGCUCCCACACCGUCACCGCCUGCUCCAGCACCGCCUCAGCACCCCGGCUGCUGGUCUGGCUGCCACACUGCAGGAGGAUGGCUCGCAGGAGUCCCUGCUGGUUUUCCAGCUCUCUGAGGCUGGGGAUGUGUUCUGCCAGAGGCUGACCCACGAGGCAGCGCAACCCCCUGCACCCACCACCGUGGAUGAGGCCACAACAUCCCCCGGUUCUUCCCCUCUCUUUGAGUCUCCAGUCAACAGCCCGCUGCGCUUGGGCAGUGAGAAGGAAGAGGAGGAAGAGCAAACCUUCUACUUGUCCAACGUGGAGGUGAUUAUCAAUGAGGAGGAGGAGGAGGAGGAAGUGUUGAACACUCAAACAGCCCAGGACAAAGCCAAACUGCCGCAAGCGCCCUGUGCCAGCCCGGAGCCCCCCCCAG